CAGACAAUCAGAAAAAGUUAUUUGUGCAUCUUAGGUUAGAUUGCAAACCGCAAAUAAACACCAGAAGAAGUUAUUAUUUGUGGCAAUGCUACAUUUUUACACAAUGUAUUUAAAUCACAUGGUAAAAACGUCAUAGACACUAACGAUGUCUGUCUGCUAACGAUGUAACAGAACUUCGCUGUGCUCUCAAAGGAAACAAUGGCAAACAGAAUCACCUUUGGAACCACUAGCAGUCCAUGCAGGAUUGCUGCAGAGAAAAUGGGAAGAGAACAGCUGGAAGAGGAUGCUGAUCAAAAAGUAAGAUGGGACCCGGACAAGCUGUCGCAGUGCCCUUUUGACAAGAGCCAUCAAAUUCGGGCCUGCCGCCUCCCUUACCACCUUAUAAAGUGUAGGAAGAAUCACCCGAAACUGGCCAUCGAGCUAAAAACCUGCCCUUACAAUGCUUGCCACCUAGUCCCCAAGCAUGAGUUGAAAAACCACGUUGCGGCCUGUGAGGACAGAGUAUCUGUGGACAAGGACGAUGAGGGAAGUGUGCCUCGUCAGCAGCAGGUCCCCGUUAGCACCUGGGUAAUGCCGAACAUGACGGAGGAUUGGGACCAAGAGGCUGAUGUAAAUGCUGCUCCAUUUGUGUGGGGAAGAAACACCCUGUUAACCCCGAAGCUGGAGACGAGACCUGAAAACAAUCUAGGACCUAACGUUAGGCCACCAAAUACCCUCCCAUGGUCUGAGUUUAAGCAUCCAUGAAAACAUGGAUGGUGACAGUUGUGCUGGCUUGCUUUCUUUAUUUAUCUUUUAGAACCACAGUUUUUGGCUUUUGUUUUUUGUUUUUUUCUUUAUCCUGCAGAAGCACAGUUGCUGUUGCCUGUAUUUUAUAAAUUUUUUUAACAUGG